AUGAAAUCUACAUGUGAUAGACGCGUUCAAAUACUCUUAAUAUGUUUAAUUCUUAUUUAUUGCUUUUACGUUUUAACGGAUUUUUUCGUUUUUGAAUUAAAACGAACUCAGGAGUUGAAAAGGGGAAUAUUUGUAUUGCCCCAAGAAAUUACAAUUUUAUAUGAAAAAGAUAUUAAGGAACCUAAUGGUAAAGGUUUUCGAGUACUUAAUACAAAUGUUUUGACCCAGCAGUUUAGAAAACUUAUACAAAAUGAAACGAAUAGUACAAACACUUAUUAUCAUGGCUUUUUAGGAAGAGAUCCCAUUACAGGUGACAAGUUAUGGAAAGAAGUACCUUACCCUGAUUUUAAUAAAAGUUUUAAAGAGAAUAUUGAAGCACAUAAAGGAUAUGCGUUUAAUUACCGUAAAAGCGAUAGCCUACCACUCGACCGAAAUACUCCAAAUUUGUCAAGUAAAGAAUGCUAUUUAAAAAAAUAUGCAAAUAACUUACCCAAGGCAUCUGUGAUUAUUAUUUUUCAUAAUGAACUUUUAUCCGUUUUAUUACGUUCUAUUCAUAGCGUUUUGAAUUACUCACCACCUUCCUUAUUAAAGGAAAUUAUUCUUGUCGAGGAUAAAAGUAACAAGACAUCACAUCCAUGGUUAUUUGAUACGUUGGAUACUUAUGUCCAAGAUUUACCUAAAACGAGACUGUAUCAUCUGAACAAACGGCAUGGACUCAUGGGUGCCCGAAUAUACGGAGCUAAAAAGGCAAUUGCCCCUGUAUUAGUAUUUUUUGAUUCCCAUAUUGAAGCAAGCUUUCAAUGGUUAGAACCUUUAUUAGAAAUAAUACACGAAGACAACAAAACUAUAGCCACACCAUUGAUUCGUGUCAUUGACUCCCAAAAUUUCGACUUUACUAAGGAUAAUUUAAAUGCUAUUAGUUUCACUUGGUCUCUAGGUCAAAAGCCUUUAAAUCCAAAACUAGAAUCGACACCUCUGAUAAGUCCUGCUUUAGCUGGUGGACUUUUCGCAAUAGAACAUGAAUGGUUUAAAAGUAUAGGCUAUUAUGAUAAGGAGUUAAAGUAUUAUGGUGGAGAAGAGAUGGAGUUAGGUUUUAAAACAUGGAUGUGCGGUGGUCGUGUUCUAGUUCAUCCCUGUUCGAAUGUUGGACAUGUUUUUCGUUCACCAGAUUAUUGGUCAGAACAAGUUUACUUUGUAUCAUAUGAGGAAAUCAAACGUAAUAAAUUAAGAGUAGCUCAUGUAUGGAUGGAUGAAUAUGCGAAUUUGGUUGAAAAACUUAAUGGACCAUUGGCUUUACCUUUAGGCUCCAUUGCUGAAGCUUUUUCUAUUCGAAAAAAAUUAAACUCUGAGUCCGACUAA